CCAAGCUAGCAACGUCAUCAUCUAAUUAAUUUUCAUGAGGUAGACCCAAGUCGUUUUGUGAGCAGGUGAACGCUGAAUUCUCGACACCAAGCAACAAAAAUGCUUCGACAAUGCAUCAAAUAAGGGAGAAAACAUCUGUUUAAACUGACAGAAAAGCCAGUAGACAAAAACACGGUCCAGUAAACUAACACUCACUGGAUAUGGAAGAAAAUAAACUUCGAGGCGCGUCUGUUCCAAAGUAAGCGACUCACCUGAAACUAUCGGGACGAACGUUACAGAAAUAUUAAGCACCCCAGCAAAGAUGGCUGACGACCGUGUAGCCAUCUUAACUGAUGAUGAAGAGGAGCUGAAGAGGAGACACCUCGAGCGUUUCGACCGUCUGUCACUUGAGAUUCAAUCAGAUCAACCUUCGCAAUCAUCUGUGGACAAUGUACCCGACGACACAGUACCAACUCCAUCUACUCAACACGACAUGAGCUGCUGUGAACGAUUGUUCCUACGGGUCAACCGCCACCUGCUUGUUUCAAAAGUGUUUUAUUUGUUCUUUUAUGCUGCAUAUGGUUCGCUCCAUCCACUUCUUGCAUUGUACUACAAGCAGCUGGGUAUGAAUCCCACCCAAAGUGGUCUCCUAGUGGGAAUUCGUUAUUUCAUUGAGUUCUGCAGCGCUCCUUUUUGGGGCAUCGUCGCAGAUCGUUUCAAGAAAGGUAAAGCAGUCUUAUUGUUCUCAAUGUUAUGCUGGGUCCUCUUCAAUUCUGGGAUUGGCAUUGUGCAGCCAGCGGACAUGAAGUGUAAAGAGGAGAACCUCCUGACGACCACAGCUAUGGUACCGACUGUCCACACUACCACAUCUAACAAGACAUUCUACCUCAACACCAGUUCCAUCCCGACCUCAAAUCAUAUGAGACGCCGCAGGGAUCUGAUUAGACUCUACCCUUGGCGAACCAUUCUUUCCUCCAUUCAGUCUUCAGGCUACAACUCUGAACACAGAUUCAAACGAGAUUCCAACUCCAGUUUCACAGUAGCACCUGAUGAAUUCGCCAACACAACCCAAUCUGACCAAACCACCACCACAAGGCCCGAGCCAAGCUCCUUCGACUCAACAUCAGCCCCAAACACCACGUCUAGCAGCACUAUUCAAAGUACUGCAACCAAACCAAACCAACCUCCUGAAUACAACAAGGACCAGGUUCAUGCCAUUUUUCUGCUGAUUCUGCUCGUCGUCAUCAUCGGCGAGUUUUUCAGCGCUCCAGCCAUUACCAUUGUGGAUACAGUGACGCUACAAUAUCUGGGUGCACACCGUGACCGCUAUGGUCUCCAGCGCAUGUGGGGAUCUCUAGGCUGGGGUAUAGCCAUGCUCUGUGUCGGCAUCUGGAUCGAUCACACUAGCACUAACCUUGUCAUCGGCAACAAUGAAUGCUUCAUGGAAAAUUACAAGAACUACCACACUGCCUUCAUUGUGUUUGGCGUAUUAAUGGGAAUAGCUUUGAUCGUCGCCACUCAGUUUAAGUUCGACGUUCAGCACCAAAACACGAUUGAAGGAAACGAGGUUGGCAACCAGCAGCAAAACACCCAACCUAGCGGUUCCCCUGGAAUGGAGAACUCCGAGACCCCAACAAUUGUCCAAGUCGAGGAGUUCCACUUCUGGGACUUGAUGCGACUGCUGUGUGGCGUACAGUACAGCACUGUGUUAUUCGUGGCCUGGUUCAUGGGCUUCGGCUAUGGGUUUGUGUUCACUUUCCUUUACUGGCAUUUACAGGAUCUGACAGGAACCACAACGCUGUUUGGUGUCUGCUCUGUCCUGAGUCACGUGUCAGAGCUUGCCGCCUAUUUUACCAGCCAUAAAUUCAUCGAACUGGUGGGACACAUCAGAGUUUUGUACAUCGGCCUGGCCUGCAACACAGCACGCUACCUCUAUAUCUCGUAUCUGAAGAAUGCCUGGACUGUGCUGCCCAUGGAAGUGCUGCAAGGCAUAACGCAUGCGUCCGUGUGGGCGGCGUGUAUCUCAUAUUUGAGCGCGGCUGUACCUCCGCCGCUACGGACAUCCGCUCAGGGCAUCCUGCAGGGUCUCCACCUCGGGCUGGGCAGGGGCUGUGGGGCGAUGGCCGGCGGGGUAUUUGUCAACUAUUUUGGUGCUGCCGAAACAUUCAGGGGAAUAGGAAUGACCUCACUUGUUAUUUUGCUCAUCUUUUCUUUAAUUAUGUGCAUCACUGGCCAGAAUGAGAAAAAAGAGGACAAGAUGCUAGCAGAGAACAUUCCUAUCGCAUCCAGUCCUGUUCCCAUAGCUACUAUUGACCUGGUUCAGAACACAACAGACGCGCCUGCACCCGCUCGACACGAACCCAAACUUCCGGCUCGGAAAACACGGCACCAGGAAGAGCAGGAGGAUCUGAACAAGCCAGCUUGGGUUCCCUCCGGCUCUCCGUGGGUUACAGUCGCUCUCCUCUUCUACCAAAUCAGAGAGAUGGUCAUCAUAGCAAAGACCCAUGUUGAGAUCCAGCGCCUUCAGGGCACAGAUGAGGUCCCCUCAGACUCUCGAGAAGGCGACCAAUCACCUCCCAUCUUUGGCGAUGCUGCACGGCAAAAGAGCCCUCCCAGCGGGCUCCAGUCCCAGGAGGACCCCGGGGCCCCAAGCCCCACCGCACAGCUGGAAUUCCCAACACAGGACCCACAGCCUGUAUUACAUCUGAACAGCUGAUGGCACAAACCGUGUGUAUUUUCUCUUCACACAGUGAUUUUGUUUUCUUUUGUGAAGGGUUUUUAUGAACUAUGUGAGAAAAUACAAGGAAGAGAACUUUACUGUAUAUGUGGCCUUUGUAUGAUUUUUAACUUAUUUCCAGGUGUUUUGCACAUUCUAUAAAUAAAGCCUGGAAGAUUUUAAACUGGAA